ACAGAUGUAUUUGCAUAUAUAUAUUUGAAGUUAUUUAUUAGCUUAAAUAUCCAAAUGCAACCUCCCAAAUUAUUUCCCAUAUUAUUUGAUAUUCCAUGCACUUACAAUAAAACAAGAAAUAAAUAAAAAAAAAUAAAUAAAUAAAAAAAUCAAUGCUUUAAAAUGACAAAUUUAGCCCCUUCUAAAUUCCAUAACUAAAGAAACAAAAUCAAAUCAAAUCAAAAAAUAAUAAUAAUAGAAACAUACAAAAAUUGCCACUUCAUUCUUGUAGCAAUAGCUUAGCUAGAAUUAAUAUGGUAUAUAUAUAAAAAUAUUAUAUAUAUAAUAUAAUUAACUUACCAUAAAAAAUAAAAGAAAAUAUAUAUGAUAUGAUAUUAAAACAAUUUGUUUUACACUUUUUGUUUUUCUCUUUCCUCACAAUGAGUAGUUGGAUAUAUAUAUUUAUACAUAUAGCUUAUAAUGAGAAUAUAAAUUGAGAGUAUCUCUAACAUUAUAUAUAUAUACAUAUAUCUAGAGAGAAAUUAUAAUUAAGAUGAAGAUGAAGUUGUGGUACAUAAUGUUGUUGUUGGUAUAUUUAGGGUUAGGGUUAGGGUUAGUGGAGAUGGCUAUGGGGAAAGAAGUAAGUUAUGAUGGAAGAUCUUUGAUCAUCAAUGGCCAACAUACUCUUCUUUUCUCUGGUUCUAUUCAUUAUCCAAGAUCAACUCCUCAGAUGUGGCAUUCUCUGAUUGGUAAAGCCAAAGAAGGAGGUUUAGAUGUAAUACAGACAUAUGUGUUCUGGAACAUCCAUGAACCCAAACAAGGACAGUAUGAUUUUAGUGGAAGAAAAGACCUUGUAAAAUUCAUUAAGGAAAUUCAAGCACAAGGCCUCUAUGCAAGCCUUAGGAUUGGACCUUUUAUUGAGAGUGAAUGGUCUUAUGGGGGUCUGCCUUUUUGGUUACAUGAUAUUCCUGGCAUUGUUUACAGAACUGAUAAUGAACCCUUCAAGGAACAAAUGCAAAGGUUCACAAAUAAAAUUGUAAGCAUGAUGAAAGAAGAGAGACUUUUUGCUUCACAAGGUGGACCAAUUAUAAUAUCACAGAUUGAGAAUGAGUACAAUACAGUAGAAAGAGCUUUUCAUGAAAAGGGAGUGUCUUAUGUUAAAUGGGCUGCAUCAAUGGCUGUUGGGCUUCAAACUGGUGUCCCAUGGGUCAUGUGUAAACAAGAUGAUGCUCCUGAUCCAAUUAUUAAUACAUGCAAUGGAAUGAGGUGUGGAGAGACAUUUGUAGGGCCAAAUUCUCCUAACAAGCCAUCUCUUUGGACAGAAAAUUGGACAAGUUUCUAUCAAGCAUUUGGUGAUGAAGAAUACAUUAGACCAGCACAAGAUAUUGCUUUUCAUGUUGCACUCUUCAUUGCCAAAAAGGGUAGUUUUGUAAAUUACUAUAUGUAUCAUGGAGGAACCAAUUUUGAAAGAACUGCCUCUGCAUUUGUUACAACCAAAUAUUAUGAUCAAGCUCCUCUUGAUGAGUAUGGUUUAAUUAGUGAACCAAAAUGGGGUCAUCUUAAGGAAUUACAUGCUGUAAUAAAGUUAUGCUCAAAGACUUUACUUUCUAAACAACAAACUUCUUUUCCUUUAGAUGACCUACACCAAGCUUAUGUGUAUGGAGAUUACAACUCAGAAGAAUGUGUUGCUUUCUUAGUGAACAGCCACAUGAAAGAUGUCACUGUCCAAUUUCACAAUGUUUCAUAUUUUUUGCCUCAUAAUUCCAUUAGUAUUUUACCAGAUUGCAAGAACAUUGCUUUCAAUACUGCCAAGAUUAGUGCACAGUAUGGUGUGAGAACAAUGGUACCAACCGAAAAUUUCGAUUCGAAACUGAGAUGGGAAGUGUUCAAAGAGACUGUUCCAAACUUUGACACAACUUCAUUGAGAGCAAACAUGUUAUUAGAACAUAUGAACACAACUAAAGAUGAAUCUGAUUAUCUUUGGUACACUUUCAGAUUUCAGCAAGAUUCGCCGAACCCUCAAGCAUCGCUCGUCGUAAAAUCUGCAGGACAUGUUUUGCGCGCAUUUGUAAAUGGAAAAUUCAUAGGAGCUGCACAUGGUUCUCACCAAAAUCCAAGAUUUUCACUUGAGAAUACCAUUGCUUUAGGUAAAGGGAUGAACUAUAUCUCUUUACUUAGUCAAACAGUUGGAUUAGUGGAUUCAGGAGCUUAUAUGGAGAGCAAGGUUGCUGGACUCCGCGGUGUAACUAUUGAAGACAAUGAUCUUAGAAUUUACUCAUGGGGUUAUCAGGUUGGGUUGGUAGGUGAGAAACUAGAAAUUUAUUCAGAUGUUGGAGCAAGAAAUGUUCAAUGGAACAAGUUUGGUAGCUUGACUAAUCAAACACAACCACUCACAUGGUACAAGAUUGAAUUUGAUGCACCAACUGGGAAUGAGCCUCUUGCCUUGAAUCUUGGUUCGAUGGGAAAAGGUCAAGCUUGGAUCAACGGUCAGGGCAUCGGUCGGUAUUGGGUCUCUUUCCACACACCUAAAGGAAAACCAUCUCAAACAUGGUACAAUGUUCCAAGGUCUUUCCUCAAGCCUAGUAAGAACUUGUUGAUACUUUUAGAAGAAGAGAAUGGGAACCCACUUGGGAUAUCUAUAGACAAAGUUUUAAGAGCAAGAGCAUGUGGACUAGUAUCUGAAUCUCAUCUACCACCAGUGAGAUCAUGGGUAGAAGAGAAGGAAAGACAAGGAAAGAACGGUAAACACCGCAGUCUCAAAAGGGUGUCGCCGUCUAUUCAACUCCGUUGUCCUCGGGGAAAGAACAUUUCCCAUAUCUUAUUUGCAAGCUAUGGUACCCCUUCUGGUAAUUGUGAAAGCUAUGCACAAGGAAGUUGUCAUGCAUUUAAUUCCAAAACAAUUGUUGAACAGGCUUGUUUGGGAAAGGGGAGCUGUUCCAUCUCAGCAACAAGUGAAAAUUUUGGUGAUCCAUGCCCUGGACUAUCUAAAACUCUGGUGGUUGAUGCACAAUGCAAAUGAAGAAGCAUAUAAUAAAAAUGUAAACAAAAUACUCUUAAGGGGAUUCUAUAUUCAAUGUUUUUUUAUUACCAAAUAAUAAAUAGGUGUAGUCUUAUUUGGUUGA